CCGGGCACAAUAGCGAGCAAAAUGGCGGCGGUGCCUGGAUGGAUGGAGGACGAGCGCUGACAAUAAAACCCGGCCCGCCGCUCCUCCGCGCACUCCCUUGUGCCAAAAGUUGCAGAUGAAUUCAUUGGAAUCGGGGGAAAAAAGACAGACAGCUUAGUGCAUCUGAGAAGUACUGAGAAAUAGCUUUGCCGACCAAAAACAAGAGAUUGUACACGAUCGCAAGAGACUGGGAGACGGAAAUAGCAAGGGAAAAGAAAGAACUUAAAAAGAAACGAUACAAAAUCAGUGUGUUUGUACCCCCUUGCCUCCAAUUGCAAGGAGACGCAUCAUGGCCUUGAAUGACGCAGACAUGGAUGAGGAGUGUAAGGAGAUUAACAAAAUUGAAGGCUCUGAAUCCAAGAUGAUUAAUGCAGAUAGUGGGAAGACCCAUAUUAAUUCUCAUGGUGCUAAAGGCGAAUUUGGAGAUGAGAAAAAGAUCUCAUCAACCGCUGUUACUACCAGUAUACCUCAGACCUUAACAGAGAAUCAAAUGUCAGUUCCAAAAAGCAAUACUUUAAGCUUGUCUAAACAUCUGUCCAGGGAUAGUCCUGUAAAAGCCUUAAGUGGAGCCCAGCAGACUGCAUUUAUACAAACUGGUGCUCCUACUGUUUCAAAUGCAAAAUUUACCUUGCCUAUAGGGACUGCUGUGAGGGAGCCGGUUCUACAGCUCUCUACAACUAAAUCUUCCAUUGCAAAGCAGCCUGAUGUUUCUUUAAGUAUUUCUCAAUCCUUGUGCCAGUCAGUUGCAGCUUCUAGCUCAUCAUCUUGCUUUGUUCAAUCUGUUCAGGUUCCGACAUUGUCUGGUACUUCAAAUAAAGUUCAGACAUUAGCACCAGCCCCAGUUCUGUUACUGGUCCCCAAUUUAGUGCCUUUUCAGGGCCAAGUUAAUACACAGCCUAAAAUGCUGAGUCCUUUGCCAAUAGUGGAUCACAAAUCUAUAGUUCAGUCAAAUGGUGCUUCUACAAGCCAGUUAUUGUAUUGUACAGAAAAUGAAAGUACAAAAGAUAAUCGAGGGCAAGUGAAGGGAAAAAGAAGUUUAAGUUCUUCAGGAAUUCAUGGGUGUGAGUCAGAAACUUUAAAUGAUGGCUUAAACUGGGACCCUGAAAAAGAAUUCAUGCAGUUUUUGCUAACAGAAGAAAAGGAUGAUCGGAUUGUUCAAGUUGAUGGAAGUUCCCAAGUCCAACCAAAUCUGCCCUUUGGAAGAAAAAGAAAACGAAAAAUGGACAUUGUUCAGAUGGUAGAUUUCUCUGAACUAGAAAAUGCAGACACACACCUUACACCUAAAAAGACUGCUGUUACUCUAGAGGGGAUGGAAAACAGUGAAUCAAAAGUUUCAGUUGUCAAACCGAAAUACUUGCCUGCAAAAAAGAACCUGGUUGCUGAAACAGGAUCAAAUCUUCCCAAAGAAACUGUGGAAGCAAUUAAACAGUUGAUCUUUAGUGAUUAUAAGCUUCCAGUCAAAAACUUAGAAGCAGCUAGAGCAAGUGCACCCACAACCACUUAUGUAGAAGAAGCUUCACCAUUUGGUUCAACAGUUUUUCCACCUGGAAGUGCUAUGCAGAUAGAUGAUGCACAAACUGGAUCUGAAUCGCCAUCAGAUGAUGAUACUGAGACAGAACCAUCAUUUUACCCCUGCACAAAAUGCAACGUGAAUUUCAGAGAAAAAAAACAUUUGCAGAGACACAUGAUUUAUCACUUAGAAGGACACAGUAAAACAAAUCUGCCAAGACCAUAUAUAUGUAAAGAAUGUGGAAUUGCAUUUCGUGACCGUGCACCGCUCCAAAAGCACAGGAGCCUUCAUCAAGAAAAAAGAGAGAGGUUGAUGGAGGAGAUCCGUGAGCUCCGCACAUUUCAGGAUGAAGGCCGGAAUGCAAAAUUACAAUGUCCGCAAUGUGUAUUUGGAACAAACUGUCCUAAAACAUUUGUGCAGCAUGCUAAGACACAUGAAAAGGACAAAAGAUACUAUUGCUGUGAUAAGUGCAACUUCAUGGCAGCAUCAAUGGAUGAACUUGAAGGUCAUCAAAUUUAUAUUCAUGAUGCAGUUAUUAACAAGUCCAGCCAAAAACCUUUGAAAGGUGUAUCAUUAGAAAAUUUAUUAAAUCACUGUAAAUCAGGAGGUGUAUAUGUGUGCAGCAAAUGUCCUUUUACCACACCAGCUAGGAGUAUUUUUAAAAAGCAUGUCAAAUACUUGCAUCAGCGACUUUACCACGUUCAGCAUAAAAAUGAACAUGGAGCAAAGGUACCUAGCUUCAGCUCAAAACCGUUUAAUUUGGUGAGGAGCAAUAAGGCUACAUCACAACAAUCUGAAUACCUAAACAAAUUUGUCAUAAGGCGAGACAUAAAAAGGGAUUUUGAAACACCUGAACCCCUGGAGAAUUCCUCUGCAUUUUACAGCAAGGUCUGUGAUAAUGCUGGUACACAGAAGCCAUGCUAUAUAGCCACAAAAAAGAUACUACAUCACUCACCUGACUCUGUGUUGGAUUACAGUAAAUCUUCAACAAAGAUUGUGACAGGAUUAAACACUUGUAACGAAAAGAGUAGCUUCCUACAGCAAGACCUUGUUAGAAAGCAGGAAGAGAUUGAUGCCAAAAGGAACAAUGCAGUCCUGUUGAAAGAUCAUGCUAUUGGUUUUCAGAUUUAUGGGAAAUCUAAAAAUGAUGUGGGGAUAGUAAAAGACUUGAGUCCUGCAUCUGCAUUAAUAGAAACUAACCACACAGAUGGCGAACAUACUUUGAACUUCCAUCAGUGUAAUGAUGAGGAAAUAUCAGGAGAAACGGAACAUGCCGAUGUUGGAGCUAUUUCAGUUAGAAAAUCUGUUAAGGAUGUCAUGGUUAGUGUCUCCGUAGGCAAUGAUAUUUUGGAUCAAUAUCCAGAUGUGUUUCACAAAGCGCCUAUUGUGGUUUUAAAUAAACUUGAGCCAUGUGUAAAUGCAUUAGAAUGUGAUGAUGAAGAAAACUUACCUGAAAGUGAUAUUUUUGAAACUAGUAACUGUGUGGAUGAUGCUACAGCAGUGACUAUUGCUGAGAAUGAUUUUGAUGUUGAUGAUAAACAAGCUCAUUACUUCAGUAGUACUGAGGUACAGAUAGUUGACGAAAAUGGCAUUGAUGAUGAUGAUGAUGAUUUUGAUACUUAUGAUGAGAGUGAUGACGACGAUGAUCUUGAUGAUUUUGAUAAUGACAUUCAUGAUUAUGGCAUCAAUGACUAUGGUAACCAAAGCCUUUACUCUACAGAGUAUCAAGAUGCUGCCCACAACCAUUUUGUUAAUGAAGAUUUUCAUUUUAAUAGUGAUGAUGCUAGAUGUAUAGAUGUUAUGGAUCCAGUUCUUUAUCAACAUGAUGCUCCGCUUAAUAUAACCUAUAAUUGGACUGAUUUUCAUACGGAGAAGCGACCAUGCCCUUACUGUCCAGCUGUAUUUGACACUGGAGUUGGCUUGUCAAAUCAUGUUCGAGGACAUCUUUAUAGAGUUGGCUUAACUUAUGACGCUCGUCAUCUGGUUCCACCAGAGCAAAUAGCAUCCAGUGACAAGAGACGGCGUAUCAAAAAAAAUGAUGCUCCUGUUAGGAGGAUAAAAAAAGAAGUAAAAUCUGGUUCGUCAACUGAGAAUACCUGUCCUUUGUGUGGUGGUUGGUUUGACACAAAGGUUGGGCUGUCGAAUCAUGUCCGUGGUCACUUGAAGAGAUUGGGGAAGACUGAGUUGGAAGCACAUAAAUCUCCACUCAGCAUUUUGACUGAAAUGAUGCAAAAUGAAGCAGAGGCCGAAAAUAUUGCAAAAUUGUUGAGUAGUAAACAAUUUAGGUACAAGCCAUUUGUAUCGCAGAAAUUUGCGACAAGUGAUGGCUUAUUUCUUGCUCCAAAUGGUAUAACAAUAAAACUUCAGCAAAAUGAAUUGAAAACAAAAUCCUUCCCCUUACCACAGUCAGACUUGCAUGACCUCCCAGACCUGCAGCCAAAAAAGUAUAGCGAGACACGCGUGCAGUCAAGUUCUCUGAUGCAGAUUCUUAAGAAUAAGUUUGGAGAGGAAACGUCAUCGCUAAUAAAAACUCAGCCAGGAAGAAGUUAUGCUCAAACUGCAAAAAAACGACUGCCAAAUCACAGGCGUCCCUUUCAGCUGCAGUUUGGCAGUUCACCUCUGCAGCCAGGAACGUCGUCGCAGCCAGUGACCAGUACGGAUAUAUCCUAUCAAGCAGGACAUCCUGUGAAAUUAAGAACUUGUGUCCAUUGCCAUGCAACCUUUACAAGUGCAGUUAGCCUGGCAAACCAUCUCAGAGUCUAUGCAAGAAGAAAACAAGCUGGGGAUCUGACUGGCACACCUUUUGACUGCAAGCAGAAGAGGUCACGGUCACGGUCAGGGACCAAAAAGAAGUCUUCCCUAUUUGUUCCUUCUCUGGAUGAUGCUUAUGUACUCAAAUGCAGGUUCUGUGAUCUGGUCUUCCGAGGUCCACUUUCUGUCCAAGAAGAUUGGAUCAAGCACUUGCAGAGGCAUGUUGUUAAUGCGAAUCUUCCUCGCACUGGUGCUGGAAUGGUGGAAAUCUCAUUGCCAUCAAAAGAAAAUUUCCCAGUGACUGAAUCAUCAUUCUCUCUGCUAAUGGCACAAGCAGCAUCCUAAAAUUUUCUGAAUUGUGAUGAAUUAACCUGCUGUAAAUUUGAUGUGGUGUUUUGCCAUAAGCGCCUAGUAAAAGUACACUCUGCCCUCCCAUUACAAGGCUUGAUAGAUCAGUGCAACAAUAUUAGCUAUUUAUAACCUUGAAAUUAUUUGAAAAGGCUUGAUUUCCUUAAGUAAUUAUGCAUAUAUUUAGAAUUGUAAAUCAAUAAAUAGAUCACCAGCAGUCAAUCAGCUUUAGAAAUUUAAAUUUCUCACAAUUUGGUCAAAGUUGUAGAUACUAUGAAGAACAUAUUUUACAAUUGCUAUUGCUAGGAAUUUACAUACGCAGCUAGUCAGAUGUUUCCCUAAUCAUUUCAGAAAGAUAGUCCUUUUGCCUGAGGAACCUUAUGGCAGCAGGAAAUGAAGCAUACAAUUUCAUUGACACAUUUACGAACACUACUCUAACUUCCAAUUUUGUAAGGAAGCAACAUUCUUGUUUACCAUUGUGUAUAUCAACUGUGGAUAGUUAUCUUUGGUUGCACAAGAAGUGAUUUGGCUGUAUAAUUUUGAAAAAGCUUAGCAGUCCCAAAUAUAAAUUUGCACAGGAUCUUCACUUAAUUGAAAUACAGUUUUCUACAUAUUAUUGUAGUAUUGUACCUUUUGGGAAUGAAAAAGAGAAUUAAUUUAAUUGUUAUAAAAAGUUAUUCCACCCCUACCCUAAUUUUUCUCCCACUUCCUUUUCUAGUCAGGAGGGCAGAAUGGUUGAGCUGUACACUUCUUACACAGCCGCCAUGAGUGCUGCCCUGUGAUAGGCUGCAGGAGGCACGAUUCAAGUGGGGGGUGCAGGACAUUGUUCAUUUAGAAUACCAUCUGUCAGUGAUGGGAAGAAUGAAAACUUGCUCAGUUGAAGCAAGUGUGUUAAUGAUCGACUACUUGCGGAUUCAAACUUUUAGCCUCAUUGAACAUUGAGCACUCAACCACUUCAACUCCCAGACCACUUCAAAUCUGUGAAGAAAUUAACACUGAUAGUAUUGUAAAGCAUGAUGCAUAGUGUUUAUUCCCUUGCAAAAACUCAGAAUGCAACCAGUCUAAAAUAACAUUUAGUGCACGGUUCAACAUUAAUUUUUGAUAAUAAACAGUUUUCUACUGGCCUAAACAUCCUAAGUGUGCUUUUUAAGUAGCAAUAUUAUUAUUUACAUAUUUUGUUUUCAAUUUAUUUCUUAUAUUGUUUUCAUCUGUUUUGUUGAAAUUGAAAUCUGUAGAUGGCUAUUUGCUAUUAAGCAAUUGCUAGUAAUGAAAGCCCUAUAACAAUACACUUAACAAGUUGGUAGCAAAUUUUCUAGUAGCCCGCACCAUUUUUGAAUAUGGUAGUGUGUGGAUAGUUCCCCAAGUUUAGUGAUUACUGUAUUGCUGUACAUUUAGCAUACUAAUGUUUUAGAAUUGUCAUGUUCUUAGAAACAGACCUUUAAAUAUAAAUUUUGUUCCUGACAAAGGUCAAUAUUCACUGAGGACACCUCAACAAAAUGUAUGUAUUUGUCUUUUAUUAGAUAUAGCAUGUACAGAAAUACCAGGGUGCAUUGCUAUUGAGAUGGAUAUUAUUGGAUUUUAUAUUUGUAUUUUCUAAAAUAGGCUGAAAUAGUAUUUAACCAGUUGAAUUAUUUGGAGAAAUAGGUUUACAGGUACUAAUUCAGUGUAACUCUUGGUUUGCUAAAAGUAAUUCUUCCUGCCUAACUUUUUUUUCUGGGCUCCCUAUAUUUCAAUAAUUGGAUAAUGUAAAAUUAUAUUUUUUCUCUACAAUUUUAUCUUAACUGUAAAGAAAAGCAUGUUCUUUACAACUCAGAGGUCUCCAUACAAUAUAAGUUUCCUGAAGUUUAACUGUUGUAUCCUUCUAAGCAUUUUAAUGAAAUUGGUGAUACAAUUACUGUAUAUGAAACAAGUACACUGGUACAUGAUAUCAAGUGCUCAGACGUGAUUGUGCACGCUCAUAUUUGUAAGUAAACUGUGUAAACACUAUGUGAAAAUGUGCUAUUACUACAAGUCAACUUAUCUAGUGGCAGAAAUAAAAUGUACAGUCAUACAUGAUGGUG